ACCAAAGAAAAAUGUCAUCUAAAUUGAUGAUUUUUGUCUUGAUGAUUUUAUCCAUUACCAUUUUGAUAGUAAUGGCCAUUCCUUAUCAUAGUGGCUAUGGUGGAUUCGGUCUUGGUGGUGGUGGUUACAAAUAUUCUCAUCUAUAUUAUCCAAUUCAUCAUCAUUCUCAUUAUUAUUAUAAAAAAUCUGUACCAGCAGUUUAUUAUAGUUCCUAUACGCCUAAAUAUCAUCCUCGUUACUAUUCAAAACUAUCUUAUUAUCCAUCCUAUUAUUAUGAUCAUUAUGGUGGCGGCUACGCUAAACAUGGAUAUGGAUAUAGUAAAAGAUUGAUUGGUGGUGGAUAUUAUCGUCGUCGUUAACAACAUGAAUCAUACAAAAAAAAACAAUGA